CAUUUCUAGUUGGUCAGGAAAUUAGCUAUAUUCGAACAUAUUGUUAAUAUACAAUGUAAUUUGAUCAAUACACAAAUCUGAGAGUAAUAUCAAAUGUCCGUAGGUAUCUCCCCAAUAGAUUUUUUGAACUACUAAGCUGGUUGAUUUCAGUCCAAACAUCAAAAGGUGCAACAAAAUCAAAUUCAAAUUCGUCAAUAAUACCAACAUUCUCCUUAAUUCUGAUAAUACUAGGGUGGCUCCUGUAUUUCUGAAUCGAAUACAGCACAUGAUCAGUUGACGAAUUGAUUUCAACGUCAGACUCUGGCGGUGCUGUGAUAGGUAGUGUGUCGGUUAUGUUUACAAAAUAAGAAUUGAAAAUUUCACAAAUCUUCUUGUCGUCAUUUAUUAUGUUGUCGUUUUCUACGAGCACCUUCUUUCUUACUUUCUGUCUCAGCCUGUGCAAUACUUCUGCUCACUGAGUGUAGAUAUUAUAAGUAAAUUUGCUUCAUGUGCCAUUUUCCUCGGUAUUUUUGAACGUUUUUUUCUGUUUAAUUCGAAUAUGAAUUGCUGAGCGUCUCCAAAUGCAAGUCACCUUUGGCGACGUUUACCAAUGCCCAAGAAGUUUUGAUCCGUGAUCCAUAGUGACAACAUCACUGGAAUAGAAGGAAGAAGUGAUGUCUUUAGCACUAGUUUAGAAACUUGGUGUUCGCGGAAUAUGUAUUUAUAUAAAGUGUAAUUUGUGCAAAAGUUUAGUUUUUUGAAACAUUCUUCUUUCUAAUAUUGGCCUUGACAAGCUGUUUUAUAUGUUUCUGUUAAUGUAACGUUUUCUGGAUGAAAACAUCAUUUUUUCGAUUAUUUCACAUUCAAGUAGCCGAACUUUCAAGGCACACAAUGAUACCAAAUUUGAAACAAACAGAAAUUUUGAAAGUGGAAAAAAUCCCAUGUAAGCGAAGGUUUCCAUAAUUUCUUUAUCAAAACUUUUAGUUGAGGCCUGAAAAUCUCUUGACCUGUUAAGCCGAUUAUCGUUGCUUUGCGGUUGUGGUCGCAUUUCUCAUUUACAAUAUCGCAUGGCACAUCUAUAUAUCCAAUGUACGGCCGUGUCUAUUUAAACAGGCUUAUUGAUCUUAAAUCUUCAAGUGACUUGACCCGGAUUACACUGUGGUUUACGAGUGUAUCUUGCAAGUGCGAUCAGUAAAAUCCCGUUUUCUCCAGACUCGAAAUUCCUCUACAUGCAGGUACGAAAAAGCUAUUAUGUACCCAAGGAACCAAUCGAAUGGCUUGAAAAUUUGCACACGGCCAGGGCAGACGUUGGGCAAACAAAGCGUGUCUCAAAUUUUUUUUAUUUUCUCUGGUCCGUCUUUUAUACCCAAAUACCGCUGCGGGAGGGUGGAAAAAUUAUUUGCCAAUUUUUGACAGGGUAUAGUUUCAAGAAGAGGAGGAAUUUAAAAAAUCUGAGACACCUUUUGGUAGAUUAGGACCUGCACUUCCUGCUGGUCUAAGUCAGAUUUUGUUACCUUAAACGCAAGGGUACAUAAUAGCUUUUGAAGGUGGUACACUUUUUGACCAGCAAAUUCGCAUGGAAAAUAGCAUUUAACAUUAUUUGCCAAUAAUUUUUAUUUGGCUAGAUACGCCAUAAUCUUGUGCAUCGAAUGAUAUAUAGUUUAUCCAGAUUCCUUGAGCCGUUUGGCCUUUGGGAAGGAAAACCAAUUUUCGUGUUCAAAACGUCUACCGUAACCUUAACGAUAGAACCAGACUUGAGCAACAGAGGCGCAAAAGGAUGACAUUAUAACAAAAUUGUUUUUUCUGAAUUUUCAAUUUUGAACGAAUAAACUAUUGUACUAUUGCACAGGCAGAAACAACACGUUAAAAUGUCUCUAAAUGUGGAAAACAAGUUAAAUCUUUUGCAUAUUUUAUGCGAUACGGCCAUUUGAAGUUUGAUAACUAGAAAACUGUUAAAUUGGCUUGGUUCAAAGAUUUUAAAGCUAAUGCAGGUCCCUUUUUUCAUAGCUUCGACGAAUGUUGCAAAAAGAAAUAAUGUAAUCUAUAUUUGACAUUAAUAAGCAACUAUACAUAAGUGUUAUGUUACUUCUUCAAAAAGGACAAUCGACAAUACCAAAAGCAUUAGCUCAGCUCUAUCAACCGUAAGAAUGUAGAAGAUGAAAAAUAUUUUGCCUUUAAAGCAUUAAAAUCAGAACAACAAACGAUGCAAAUUAAAGGUUAUUACUCAAUAAUCCUAAAAAAUCCCUUUUCUGUCAACUUUGACUAUAUAACAAAAACAAAAAUAUCGUGUCUUCUUUAUCCUUUAUUCGUAUUCGCUUAAAGUCUAUAUUCUUAAUAUCUUUCUUCAACUUUGACAUUUAUUUUCUUGCAGUUCACUGGUCCUAAUAAUCAAUGUACUAAAGGCUUUUAUAAAACCAUAAAUUUUAGAAUGAUACAGAAAACUCUUGUCCCAAACACCUGAAGGACCCAAGCAGAUACCUAGUGUUUACAUUAAGUGUCCAAUAGGCAAUUCUCAGUUUCCUUAUAAAUGCUAUGUGUUUCCACUUCGUCUAAUCCACUAGACGGAGAGUCUUGUAUAAGUAGAGGGAAAUUAAUUCCUACUGCAUAGGCAUACCAUUAAAUAAUAUUGGAAAGCUGCCAAAAUUAUUUCAAAUCAUAUAAUUAUAUUUUGAUGAUAUCUACAAAUAUAUCUUAAAAUCAUUUGCACAAAUUUUCACAUUUUAACAAAUUUUGUCUUUAUUUUCUCUAACAGAUGCUAACAUGCAGUUGUUACACGUCGUAUUGCUAAUAGCAACCGUUUUCAUUGCACUUGAGAUCAUUUUACAAAAUUCAAAGAAAAUGCAGAUGAAAAGUCAACCGAUCUUUAGAGGAAUUUUUCCGUCAAGAAACCCUUGGAAUGGCGUCCCUGAGUUUGUGCUAUACUUGAGAUUAACUUCUAGUCCGCGUUGGGAGCAAGAAUAUAGAAAUAAUUUGGUUCGCACUAUGAAGCUUUUCUUUCCAGCUGAACGAGCGAAACUUGUAGUUGUAUUGGACAACGAAAAGAAAGAAGACCAUUUGUUUGGAGACAAAAUAAAAACGGAAUGGCCAUAUCCACAAAUAUGCUACAGAGAUCCAAGUUCCAUUGAUGCAUACCGCGGAUGGGGCAAGGCCAGAAUGUUUUGGGACAUGAUGUAUCCCGAUAAAUGUACCAAUGUAUCUUAUGUGGGGUAUGUCGAUACUGAUACAUUUUUUAGCACCUUAGUAACACCACAGUUGUUAUUUGACAAUGGAAAACCAAUUAUUAUUGCAAAAAUUGGCCAAGUUCCGUACCAAUGUUGGGCUGAAACAACAGAGUUGUUUCUCGGCAAAAAAGAAGUUAUGCAAUGCAUGUCAACUUUCCCUGUUAUGAUAAAAACGGAGCAUAUGAUAGAAAUGAGAGAGGUCCUUGCAAGAAAUCACAGCAUGGAUUUUGAUUCAGUUUUUAACAACACUCCACGUCAAAUGCAUUGUCUUUGUCAGUUUAGUAUCAUGUGCAAUUAUGUUUGGUACUAUCACAGAAAUGAGUACUCAUGGCGCUUGCAGAUGGUCCCAAAUGGUGACUGGAGAGGAGAACAUUUGCUUGCUAGUCAAGUGUCACUAGAUUAUUAUCGGACUAACGUACCCCCAGAGAUGACGAUACCAAUGCCGCGCUCAUCAAUUCACCUGAGGUACACAAUAACAAAUGGUCAGUCCUAUCUGUCAGAAGUCCCUCCAAAGGAAUAUAUCGAAGAUUUUAUUAAAGAAGGACUUUGUUACUCAGCUGGAUUUGAUGUCUGUCCGGAAAGUUGCAAAAAAUGGAACCAGGCAAAGAUACAUUACAAUCUUUAUUCGUUUGAAUUCUAUCAAUGGUUUUGGGACAAAAGGUGCAUGGAAGAGCAAGAAAAGCAUUACAGAAACGUCAAAGAGCUAGUUCGCUACUAUGUUUUUUCAAAGAUGGAAGUUUUUGGACUUUCUUCUCUAGAUCAACUAUGUACCAUAUUAUGAAAAUAUUUAUUUAUUUUCCAUUUUAUGGCAACAAAUUUUGCGUUUCUUCUUCUUAGUCGCUGUUGAGAUCUCUUAAGUUUGCUAUAAAUUUAUCAUAGAUGAAAUGUGCAGUAGCUGAGUAUUUUGCAAUGAUUCAGCACAACGAAAUUAUAGAAACUGUAGCGGGGUUCAUUUUAACGUGCAGUGGUAGCCAAUUUGGGCAUUGAUAAAUCGUAAAUGUACAUUGAUACACAAUCGUAAAUUUUUUGCAGUGAAAAACCAAAAACAAAAGACAUUUAGUAGUAUUUAGUUAUUAAAAGGUAAAAUUGCAGCAACUACCAGUAAAGAACACAUAAAGAUUAUAAUAGGGCAUCACAAUAAUAAAAAGGAGAACAUAACAGUAACAAUGAUCUAUGAAAUCUCUGUAAAAUUUUAUCGAAUUCAGUAUCUAGAAGCUAUCUAGUUUUUUUUCCAUCUUCUUCUUUGUGAUGUUUGUUCUCGAAAACUGUUUUAAAUCUAGAACACUUUCCCUCGUUGAAAUCUCUUGUGAAGCUAGAAUGAAAGGUGGUGUAGUUCGAGAAAUUUACAUACAGUUAGUUUGAUAGGUGCGGUCAUAAACAAUUUUCAAAGGCAACACCAAAAUUUUCAAAAAUUUUGAAAAUGUGCAGUGUUAAAAAUUUCUUAAAAUUCCUUAAAAUUCCUAUCCAAAUAGAUAUAUAAUGUAAUGUUAUUUUGUCGGAAAAGCAAGUAGAUUUUAACUCAACUUGGAAGCAAAAUUAUAAAGUACAUUAUUAUAGAAAACCAAAUAUUUGAGGGUAUGUCAACCAUUGUGAAUUCUUGGUUAUAUAGAAUCACAAGAAACCAAACUCAACUAUAUAGAAUCUUAAAAAACAAAAUUGUGUUUGUGGAGUGAAAUUUACUAGCGAUGUAAUAUAUAUUGUUUAUCAAACUUUAAUAUCGUCUGACUUUUCGAAGUAUGUCAAUUAGACGGACAAAACUGAUGACGAUAAAGAAAUGUAAAAAUAGCAAUUGCACAACAAUAAUAAUAAUAAUAAUGGUAAUAAAAAUGAUAUCUUUAUUUACAGUUGGUUUGAGCGAUAGUUAAUAUACAUAGAUAUAUAUGUAAAGCUAAUUAAUACCAAAUAUUUAUAUACAAAAAAUGAAAUAGUUCAAUAUUAAUCUACCUAUUUACAUAUCUUACAGCUACAUUUGUCUUUAUUCUAGGCAUUUAUGCCUCUUUUAAAUUUGGCUACGUUUUCCACAUUUUUUAUCGUAUCAGGCAAGGUGUCCCAGAAAAUGCUCCCCCGGAAUGCCAAUGAAUUUAUCCCAAAUGAUAACGUUUGGUAGGCGAAAGUUGCAGCGUAUUUUUCAUUCCUAAAUUAUAAGUCAAUUCUCUCUGUACGUAAAACUCUCUCAUGAAUGAAGGACUCUCAUAAUUUAAUGAUUUGUAUAUCUCUGUCAUUCAAAGGUGGAUUUAUAAUCACAAAACAGCUCGCGUACUGCACGUUUAUUAGCUCGAUUUAUCUCCUUAUUACAUUGCUUUCCACAUAAAAUCCAAAUGAGAGGAUAAUAGUUGAAAUUUGAUAACAGAAAGGAAUUGUAUAGUAAUUUUGCCUUGCCUAUAUCUAGGGAGUUAGCCGCCCUAGAAAAUGCUUUCCAAUUUGAUUCAUCUUAUGACAUAGGGUUUUGAUAUGCUGGUCAAAUUUAAUUCCAGCAUCGAUUGUGACGCAUAGAAGUUUAACGCUGUCUGAUGAGUAUAAGGUAUUUCCAUUUAUUUCAAUAAAAAUUUCUGUUUAUCAGUUUUGGUUCCAAGGACCAUCAUCUGGAACCUAGGUUGAUUAGCUACCAUGCUGUUCGAUUCGAACCAUUUUAGAGCUUGACAUAGAUCUUCUUCUAUGCCAACAAAGAUUUCAUCCAAAUCACUACCACAAGAGUAAAUGUUAAUUGUUAAACAACUAAUGUUAAAUUGUCUUCAAUUUACUUUCCGGUCCGUGUUGUUUGACCAUACAACUGUAUGAUUCAAAUUCGAAACUGGUGAAAUUAUUUUGAAGAAUUUUCGCUCUGAAAUUUUAAUGUACUCUGAUAUUGAAGUUUUGAAAGAAUAAUAUUUCCACGGCAUCGAAUAUCUUUCUAUAUCUGUCUAUAAAUUCUAUAUCCCAAUAGAUGUUUAUUUAAUUUGAGCGUCAUCUUUUUUGUGUGUGUUUCAUCAUUUAAGCUUUUCUUUGCCUUUCUCUGCAAAAAUUUUCCUUAAUUUUUUGUCCAUUGAAGUAAAAUGUUGGAAAUGCACAAAUGUUUCUCUAGAAUGGCACAAAAAAGGAUUAGCACUGUACAUUUUGUGCCCUACCUUUACCACAAUGUCUCAAUGACAGCUCUAAAUUCUCGUACUCCUCCUUAGCGACGGAGUCGAUGAUGAAAUAGAAUUUACCAAUGUAAGCGAAGUUUGAUUGAAAU